AGACGCGCGCACAGCGAGUCGGCCUUCCAUCCCCGUCAUCUCCAGCCGCCGCGUUCGCGAGCGCUAUACUCGCGGACUUUUCAGUCCGGCGCUGUAAUCGAGCCUAUAUCGGAUCGGUGCGCAGUGAAAUCGCCCUGCUGGAAAUCGGUUCUCAAAGUUCGAGAAACGGGUACGCGAGCCUUCACGGACAUCGUUCUAUCCAUAAGGAGCAGCGGGAUGACGGCGGCCGGCGCGUCGUCCUCGAAGAGGCGAAGGCUCGCGACGGAAUCCGGCGCUCGGCGGCUCUGCUGAUCCUUUUUUCGCGCGGGCUGCUUUACAUCGGGAGGCGCGCGCCCGCGAGCACAAAAAGCCCCGUCGAUCGCGAGCUGAAUUUUCGGAAGCCGAUUGACGAAUGGUCCCCGGGAUUAUUCAUACGUGCGCGUCCGGCGAUUCGCAGAAGUGCUCGCUCUGUUUUUCCGAGGGACGCGAGAGAUACACUAUAGAGAGUGAGAGUGUGUGUAGUGCCGCAUCACGACAACGCAGCUCGAGGGGAAUCAUCAAUCGACGAGGAGAGAUAGCCUCGAUCGGAGAGAGAGCCGAGAUUUUCGCGGCAAGGUUAUGGCCAAGAUAAACCGGGAGCCAGCAGCAGCAGCAGCAGCAGCAGCAGCAGCGAUAAGGAGCGUUCUGUUUGCUCGCUGCUCGCCGACGGCCGCCCGAGUGCGCGACCGCAGUGGGGCCUGAUCGGACGUCCCUCGCGUUCGCAUCUCGUACAUUAUACCUAGCCUAGCCGUGCAGGACUCGGUACCGCGACCGACCGGCCAUACAGUGAGUGAGACGGUCUCGCGCGGCGACAACUCGCCCGGACGCUGGAGCUGUAUCUGCCGUACGCGCCGCUGCCGGGAGGCGGCGGCGGCGGCGGCGGCAUCCUCCCGGCGGUGAGCUCGGCCGUGGGCAGCUGCCGGCCGGUGCUGCUCGGCGGCGUCGACCUGUCCAUGUCGGCGGCGGUCCAGCAUCCGCCGUCCGGCAACCCUCCCGGAGUUCUGGCGCCGAGUGCGGGACAGCUGCAGCCGCCACCGGGACUCAUCUCGCUGCCGCCGUUGGCCGCUGCCGCUGCGGCCGCCGCGGCGGCUGCCGGACCCAUCAUGAUGUCGAGGGCCGGCCAGGGACAGUCGCCGCUACCACCGCCGCCGCCGACGGCGCAUCACGAGCAUCAGCCCGAGUGCGUGGCCGACGGACCGCCGAAUCCGGACGUACUGCUGGCUCUGCUCGCGAGGAACAAGAAGCUGGAAGCUUCGAUACCAAAGUGCGGAGGAUGUCAAGAGGCGAUUCUCGACAGGUACGUCCUGAGGGUAAUGGACAGGUGCUGGCACGCCGGCUGUCUCACGUGUCGAGACUGCGGCGUCAGACUGACGGACAAGUGCUACGCCCGCAACAACGGCCACGUCUUCUGCAAGGACGACUUUUUCAAGUGUGGCAGGCGUUACGGUACAAAGUGCGCUGGCUGCGGCCAGGGCCUGGCGCCUUCGCAGGUCGUGCGUCGGGCGCAGGACUUCACCUACCACCUCACCUGCUUCUCCUGCGCCAUGUGCUCGAGGCAACUCGACACCGGCGACGAGUUCUACCUCAUGGUCGAAGACGCCAAACUCGUCUGCAAGCCCGACUACGAGCAGGCCAAAGCUAAAGAGCUCGCGGACGGCGGAAGCAUCGACGGCGACCAGCCGAACAAGAGACCGAGGACGACGAUCACGGCGAAGCAGCUGGAGACGCUGAAGCUCGCGUACAACAACAGCCCGAAACCGGCGAGGCACGUGCGGGAACAGCUCUCGCAGGACACGGGCCUGGACAUGCGCGUCGUUCAAGUCUGGUUCCAGAACAGGAGAGCGAAAGAGAAGCGUCUGAAGAAGGACGCGGGGAGAACGAGGUGGUCGCAGUUCUUCCGCGGUAUGAAGGGCAGCAGCGGCGGUCACUCCCCGAGACACGAGAAGCUGCUCGACAAGGACGAGCUGAAGGUCGACCUCGACUCCUCGUUCGGACAUCACGAUCUGAGCAACGACAGCUACGGCACGGUCGUGAACAUGGGCCUCGACGGCGAGGGAGCGAGUCCAGGCGGCGGCGGUGCUGGCGGCGGGGGUGGACCUCCGCGAGGAUACCUCGGCGCCGGGACACCACCGUACCUCUCCACGUCCAGAUCGCCGUCCCUGCCUCCGCAGUUUCCCUACCCGCCGGAUGCCGGACUCUCCGUCUACACUACCCUCGGUGGCCCCAGCGGAAUGGUGGCAGGACCAGCCUCGGACCUGAGCAACGAAUCGAGCGGCGGCGGCGGCGGCGGCGGCGGUGGUGGCACAAGCGGCAACAACGCCAGCGGAGGGGCAUCGACUGGCGGUGCUUGCGAAAGGGGCGCGGCUGGCUACCCCGAGUUUCCACCCUCGCCGGACUCGUGGCUCGGCGAGUCGGUCGCUCACCCGCACUCUCAUCACCCUCACCACCCGCACUACGCCACAUAGCCCAGCAAAGCCCACAACGGCAGAAUCGCCCUCUGGCACUGAUACGAACUGGCCCGCGCGCGCACGUCACAGAGAGAAAGAGUUUAUGUAU